AUGGACGAAACCGAAGCGACGACCUCCGACGAACAACCCUUUCCGCCACUCUACGAAUCGGGCGAAGACUAUGACCAAGCCGGCGACCUUAAACAGGAAGCGGCGGAUCUCAAAUCUUCGGGCGAUUGGGAAGGAGCCUUGGAAAAGUACACGGCUGCCGUUCUGGCCGCGCCGCCGUCGGCCCUCCUGUACGCGAAUCGGGCCACGGCGUUGUUGGCUCUGGGACGUCCCCACGCCGCCGAACGGGACUGCGAGAUGGCCUUGCAAGAGAACCCCGACUCGGCCAAGGCGUUGCGAGUCCGGGGUAAGGCUCGGAAGGAACUCGGGCAGUACGAAAAGGCGCUCAAGGACUUGUCGGCGGCGCAGGCAAUCGAUUUUGACGAAGGGACGGUGGAGGAUCUCAAGUUUUUGACGGAGAAACACCUGGAAACGGAAAAGUCGCAAGCCGACAAACGCAAUCAGGAAGAAGAUAAGAUGCGC